AUGGAAGCCUUGGUCUGUGCAUUCUCUGAGCUGCGCAUAAGAGAAGAUGCAGUGAGCUGGGUCCAAGGACACCCCAGCCACCCCGACACACUGCCCAACAUCUAUGAGGGGGGGUUGGGGGCCCAGCAGCAGCAGUGCCCCAGUGUCCAGGGAAGCAAGCCCAAGAACUUCCGGCUGCGCCACCUCCAAGGCCUGGCUCUCUACUUACCGAGCCACAUGCAGCCUGCUGGCCAGUGUGAGAGCCACUGGCUGGGCCAGCUCAUGGCUGGGGGCUGCCUGCCACAGCCUGAGGGCACAGCCUGGCCCCUGGACCUGCUGCAGGGGACUCUGGGUCCAGGUAAUGGCCACUACUCAGCCCUUCUGGAAGCCCAACUGCCCAGGGACAGCCUGGGAAACACAGCUUCCAGUUCCAGCAUGGACCCAGUCAAGGGUGCCCCCUCCCAGCCUGGCCCCCCUGAGGGCCUGAGGUUCAGGUCCAAGAGGUCCUGGGGGCUCUGGGAGGAGGCCUUGUGUCCCUUGUGCAAGAGAACCCGCUCUGAGGCCCUGGAGAGGCCAUAGGGAUCCCGAGUGCCAGGGCUGGGGACAGGAGGAUGCAGGAUGGCGGAGGAGGAGGCAGGCCCCAGGAGGAUGGGGGGCUGAGCUCAGCCGCCACCAGGAGCGCUCCCUCAUUGAGAUGGCCCAGGCAACUGCCCAGCACGAGAACCUGGGCCAGUCUUGGAAAGUGUGAGGGGGCGGGAAGAGGUCCCGUGGGAGCGGCAGAAAUGGAAGCAUGACCAUACCCUUGUAGCCUACUCAAACUCAAGUCAGCCACUUGCACUUGAGAGG